ACUGUUGCCUCUCAUAAAAACGAUAAAAAGCGGGAAAAAGCGACGGAGAAACCUAUAGCGGGAUUAGUGAUGUGGUCGCCGAACAUGGCAAUGGAUGAGGAAUUCCUCCUACGGGCUACACCGACUCCUCAACACUCCGCUGGCGGGCGGCGGAAGUUGACUCCGGGAAUCCGGUCGUGGCUGGUGGUAUCAGAAUCGAGGCAGCCCUAUCUUGAGGAGGCUGGGAAACAUUUAAUGAUGCGGCGAACGGGGCUUCCAGCACGCGACCUGCGUGUUCUGGAUCCCCAGUUAUCCUACCCAUCUACUAUCCUUGGGAGAGAGCGGGCGAUUGUGAUCAAUCUGGAGCACAUUAAGGCGGUGAUUACUGCCAUGGAGGUACUCGUUCCAAACUCCAAGGAUCCCAUGGUUGCUCAUUUCCUGCAGGACCUGCAAACGAGGGUUUCAAGUUCAUUCGCUGCUCCAAUGCACUCGGUUGCAGAAUCUAGUGAUUCGGAUGCAUAUCAUGCUGCUAAGGCUGUCCGAAGUUAUGAAAUACAAACAGGCAGCCCUAGAACAACUUUAGAUGCGUACAACAAUGGCGGUGCCAAAGUGUUACCUUUUGAGUUUAGAGCACUUGAAGUCUGUCUUGAGUCAGCUUGUAGGCACCUUGAAUCAGAGACAUUGACAUUGGAACACGAGGCAUAUCCUGCUUUAGACGAGCUGACCUCAAAAAUCAGCACUCUUAACCUUGAGCGUGUUAGACAAAUAAAAAGCCGACUUGUUGCAAUUUCUGGCCGUGUGCAGAAGUUAAGGGAUGAACUUGAACACCUCUUGGAUGAUGACAUGGAUAUGGCUGAAAUGUAUUUAACCGAGAAGCUUGCUAACCAGCGAAUUGGUGAUAAUUCAUCAAGAGUUGAUACAGGCGAUGAACUCGAACUAAAUGAGGAUAGGGUGGUUGUCAAAACUGAAACAGAGAGCACCAGUGGAAGCUCAGGUGUUUUUAAGCUUAAUAUUGAGGAAUUGGAGAUGCUUUUAGAGGCUUAUUUUGUGCAGAUAGAUGGUACCUUAAAUAAAUUAUCCACGUUAAGGGAGUACGUGGAUGAUACUGAGGACUAUAUCAACAUCAUGCUUGAUGAGAAACAGAAUCAGCUGCUGCAGAUGGGGAUUCUGCUCAGCAUGGCGACACUUGUGCUCACAGCUGGUGUGGUGGUGACAGGUAUUUUUGGCAUGAACAUCACCAUUGACCUCUACAACGUUAAAACUUAUCACCAGUUCUGGGAAACCACUUAUGGAACCGUUGGGGGUUGUGUAGUUCUCUACAUAAUGGCAAUUGUCUGGGGCAAAAAAAGUGGUCUUCUUCAGUGAUCAAAGCUUGGCCUUGAAACUUGGUGAUAUUUUUAUCCUUUUUUGUAAUAUUAUAAUUGACAAUUUCUAUUAGGAACUCUGCUAGCUUGAUUGUGCUGGACUUGUUUUCUUCCUAUUAUUUUGCUUGUGUAAACAGUUUUAAUAUUGUCUGAUCGUUUCGAUGCG